ACGAAGUUUUUUAGAGGGAAUUUUAAAAACUGUUUCCUCAUAGGAUGUUCCGGUCGGAAUGUACUCGGGUCUGAUUUUUAUCGCUCUACAUAUCUGUAGAAGUAUUUGUGAGGUUCGGAAAAAACAUUCAUUAACCUUAUCCGUUACCUUCGACAAAGCAAGUUGAUUUAGUAGCAGUAUUCACUGGAGAACUUUUACGCUUCUGCCAUUUGACAGUAGAAUACACCUUGAGAAAGGAUGUCGGUGCACGCGUUCGAACCCACACCGUCGGCCAUAACGCAUACUCAAACGAAUGAAAGCGGCCUUAGCGGAGCAAAUACCCAACACAGUAAGGAUGCUGGUACUACCUCUGAUAUGACUACUACAACAACAACAGAAAUCACGCGUUCAGAUGACAUUAAAUCUGGAGGCCGUCGAAACGAGAAGGGGGUUAACGUUGCCGUCAAGGUAGCUCGGAAGAGAGUCCAUGCAAAUAGAUGUGCGCUACUCGUCAUAGCGAUUCAAGUGGUGCUUAUUCUCGUUUUAGUCAUCGUGGGAGUCUUUCUCUACAUGAAUUAUGAUUUCUGAGAAUGUCCUGCCGAGACUGACAGACGCAGUGAAGUGUGGAUCCAUUAUGAUGGGCCACUUAUCAUACAACGAUGGUGCUUUCUUUUCGUUGU